UUUUCUAAGAUUUCAUGCGACUUUUUUGCGACUUUUUCGGAAAUUUAUGCGACUUUUCGUGACUUUUGUUGUAAAUUUAUGCGACUAAAGCGACUUUUUUUGAGUCUUAAAGACGAUCCGAGCCCUGUUAUAGUUCUUCUAUGGAUAUUAAAUUAAGACGAAAAACUUUACAUCCCAACAAUUUUGAUACGUUUUUUUUGGCUCCAUUUAACAUUCUUAGAAAAACUGAUAAAAUUUCCAAAUUUCUUGUUAUAAUGAACUUUUGGUUUAUUAUAUGAAACAUUAAUUUUUGGAGUAAAGUACGUGGAUAUGUAUUUUAUACUAUAUAUUAAGUUUCAACCUUUCAACAUAAUAAUUAUAAAUUUUAAUUAGAAACAUUUAUUGAAUGCAAUGCAACCUGUGCACCAUGGUUCACAUGCAAUACAUAAAUUGAAAUGAGAAAAAGAUUUUUAAAUCCAAUUAAUGCAGGAGUGAUUCAAAAAUUGUAUGAAAAUGAAUUUAGAGACUUACAAUGUCAUUAUAAUCGAAAUGUAAGAACGCCAUAUUUUUGCUGUAACGAUAAGGUAUGUAUAUAUAGAAUUAGGUGCCUAUAUAUUAUAUUAGGACAAUUACAGAUACAGAGGCAAUAUUGAUAUUUACUCAUAUUUUCAUUUAUAGAAAGAAGAAUUUAAGAUUGAUUAUAAUUCUAUCCGUCAUCAUCCAAAUCGUCAAUUAUUUGAAGAUGGUAAUUGUGCAAAUGGAAAUUUCGUUCUUCGUAGACUUGAUGAAAAUUUUUAUCAAGCUGAUAUUCGUGAAAUUUCUUGGAGAGCUUUAUUUAAAUUUGAAGGCAGACUUAUUUUAUCUGGCACUUUAAUUAAUAAUCGUUAUGUCCUCACUAGUGCUCGUCAUGCUAAACGUUUCGAAAAUGGUAAAUAUACCUACGUUAUUCAUCAUUGUUGUACAAUGAACAUUGUACAGAAUAACAAAUUUGAUCUACUUUUAAAGAAUUUGAAAUUAUAGCAUUUGAAUAUUUUGCAAUAUCUGAUAUUGUAAUUGAAAAAUUAAAACAUAGAUAUUCGAAACUAUUUUUUUCUGUAUUUUUUAACUCAUUUUUAAUGAUUUCUUACUUUUUUAACUAUAAUUAUACAAACUUUAAUGUUAUUUCAGCACUUCAAAAAGUUGUGGUAGUAUUGGGAGAUUAUGAUCUUAGCAAAAGUCCUGAUUGUCAAACAAUGGAAAAUGGAAAAAAUGUUUGCAAAAUGAUUGAAAUUGUAGGAGUUGAAGGAAUCUAUUUUUCAUCAGAAUUUUAGCGAAACUGAUUUGACCAAUAACAUUGCUUUAGUAAGACUAAACAAUGAAAUUGAAUUUUCAAUGGACAUUUAACCAGUUUGUCUGCCAUUCACUGAAAUGCAAAUACUUUCUCUACUUAAUAAUAGGUACACUGUUUAUGGACAUGGAAUAUCCUUCGAUCAUGGUAGUGAAACUAAUAUUACAACAAAGAACUCUGUGUACAUUAUGGAUAGAUACGAAUGUGAAGUACUUUACAGAAGGAUAAGUAAUGAUGAGAGUAAUAGAAGAAGAAAAUUCGAUGACCAUGUUUUCUGUGUAAAACCAAAAGAAAUUCCACCUGUUUGCGUUCCUGAUGACGGAGGAGCUUUGUCGCAAAAUCGUGGAAAUAUUCAUUAUCAAAUGGGUGUAGCAAGUUUUUCUAAUGAUGUAUGCUCUCUACAACUACCGUUUGUUUAUACGAACGUUACCCAUUACUUAAAGUGGAUUUUGGACACAGUCACAGACUAAAGUUGUUAUAUGCGAGCUGAAGUAGUCGAAAAGAAUUUUUUUCUUUAGAGGAUAAGAAUAUUUGUUGGAUCAUGUAGGAAUUUUCAUAGUAGGAUAUCUAGUUUAUAAAUGUGAUACUAUUCUACACGUGUUAUUAUGUUGCACAACAUAUAUGGCAACAAAAUGAAGAAAUUAAAUAUUUAAAUACAUUGGGUUACCACUUACAUUUUUAGGUUAUACAUUUAUAUUUUUAUAUAUUUAACAAUUCAAUAAAUUUAUCCUUCUUUUGAAUUUAUUUUUUUUUGAUCUUUUGUACGUUUGGAACUUUUAGUAACUUGGACCUUCUGUCUAUUGGAUUUUCUGUCUAUUGGAUUUUCUGUCUAUUGGAUCUUACAAAUUUUGGAUCUUUCAGUUUGGACCUUUUGUCUUGGAUCUUUUGUACCUCAAUCGUUUAUAAUUCUAAUCUUUCGUUGUCAAAUUAUU